CGUCGCUUCCUGCUCAAAGAACUCGGGAAGAUACAGAAAGAGGUAUGAAGAUAAUACCAGGCCGUAGGUUCGGCGGUCUUUGAUAUCUGUAAAAAUUCUAUUAGUUUAACGUUAGCAUAUCAUUUCUUUUUCUUUCUUUUUUUUUUGUCUGUGGUGAAUCUAGGUUGUUGGAAUUCCUGAUUGUCGAUUUCAAAAUCUCAGCUACAGUCUUAAUGUUUUGAUUCUGUUAACUGCGAAGGCAUGUUUCACCACUUUUUCUUUUUUUUUCUCCUUUGGGGAAAAUAAUUUUACUGUUUGUUUUUAGUGUCAACAAUGCAAUCUGCCCUACGAUUGGAAUUGGUUAGCUUCUAAUGUUGAGGUGAUAAUUUGAUCUUGCGGAGGAAAUUAUCACAGUUGUCCUGAGAGAGAAUAUUACAGUAUUGGAGGGAGCUGCUUCUCCUCCCUCAUGUUGGGUUGAAAAAUGACAAAGAAAAAUCAAGGUUCUGGCCGAGGAUCAACUGCUCAAUCUAUGAACAAUGGGGACCAGAGGUUGGACUUCAAGUCCAUCAUGAAGGAUAUGGAGCAUAUAGGCUAUUCACACAUGACAUGGAAACAGAAGAAAGAGCUGGAAAACAAGAAAGUAGUGUCUCUUGGGGGGAAGCCUCCCAAGAGCCAGAGAUUACCACUUAGUGUUGCAAGAGUGGUGAUGAAGAAACAGCAAGAAAGAGAGGCAAAAAGGCAACAAGAGAACCUGAUACUUGGACGAUUCACUGGGAGUCAUGGCAGAGAUAGUAAAAAGACAGACAAACGCAAGCCCGAAGAGAGAGUUUUGAAGUCCACCACUGGUGUCUUCAAAAAUGGUGUGCUUAACGUCAAAAACAUGUUUAAACCUUCAACCUCUAAACCCAUCGAUGAAGGCUGUCCUCCUGUUUUUGAUAAAAAGAAGAAGAAGAAGGGCGGUAAGAAGAAGGGUGGUAAAAAGGGUGGAAAGAAUGGUCGCAGACGUUGA